AUGGCGCCCCGAUCGCUGUGGUCGUCCCUCCCCCUCCUCCUCCUCGCUCCCUCGCUCUCCCUCGCCGCUUCCAACGACUUCUCCUUCUACCCCAAAAACGCCCAGAGCUGCCUGUACAAAGCGGCCGACAGCGCCGCCUGCACCGGCGACACCAAUGCCGCGCUCAACGAGUGCCUGUGCAGCAACACCAGCGGCUUCGUCACCGACACGGCCAAGUGCCUCGGCAGCGAGGACCCGGAUGACGUUGAUCAGGUGUACACGGACAUGAGCGGCGCGUGUAAUAACUCGAAUACGCCCAUGGGUCUGACUGAGGCCGAGUUCAAGGCGGCUGCUGCUCAGGGCGCGUCUUCCUCGGCGGAUGCAUCCUCGACGACGGCAUCGGCAACCGAGUCUGCUACCCAGUCUACGACGGAUGCGGCCACGACAACAGCGUCCGAAUCGAAAUACGUAACGACUACUUCGGGCGGCAAGACAGUCACCGUCAUCGCGAGCCAGACCAGCACCAACGACAAGAACAAGGACGACAAGAACAGCGACGACAAGAACAGCGACGACAAGAAAAGCGGCCUCUCCACCCCCGUCACUAUUGGAAUCGGCGUCGGCGGCGCAGUCCUCGGCGCAGCCAUCGUCGGCGCCAUCGCCUUCUUCCUCCUGCGCCGCCGGCGAAAGGGCGGCGAGGAGUCGCACCCGAUGCUCCCCACCGACCAGCAGCAGCUGCACCCGCAGGGCGUCCCGCCGCAGUACGCGCCGGGCAUGGGCUACAGCGACAACAAGCCGGCGUGGACCCCGGGGGGCUACACGCCGAGCCCGGCGCCGAGCCAGGAUCCCGGCCAGAAGAACUGGAACGCGCCGACGCAGUACCCCGCCGCUGGGUAUCCCGCCCCGGGCGCGCCAGGGCUUCCGCCGCAGCAGGGUGUUGCGCCGGGGCAUGUCUUUGAGAUGGAGGGCACGGUGGCUACGGCGGCCGUGGAGAUGCCGGGCUCGGUGGUGCAUAGCGGGCAGCAGGGACACCAAGGAUACCAAGGACACCCGGGCCAGCAACAAGGCUGGCAGUAA